GAGUGAACCACCUGUGUGUAUCCACCUGUUCACAUAUAACCAUCAUCAUCAUCAUUAACAUUGUAAUCUUCCUCCUCUUCUUAGAUGUCAUGGUGCCCUCCGUACCGUAGUUCUAAGUUCCGACACGUCUACGGUAAGGCCUCCACCAAAGACCACGGUUACCACGGAAUCCCCAUCACACACAGCGUCCACGACAACCACUACUGCUCCGUUAACCCGCGCUUCGUUGCCAUAGUAACGGAAUGCUCCGGGGGCGGUGCUUUCUUGGUCCUCUCCAUCCAUCACACUGGUAAAGUAGACCCCCAACACCCCAGGGUGUGUGGUCACAGUGCCAGGGUGUUGGAUGUCAAGUGGAACCCCUUUGAUGACCACUGCAUCGCCUCCUGCUCUGAGGACUGCACCGUAAAGCUAUGGGACAUCCCAGCCAACGGUCUCUAUCAGAACAUGACCCUCCCUCGGAAGGUGCUUCAGGGUCACAGUCGCAGAGUCAACCUGAUAGAAUGGCACCCUACUGCUCGGGAUCUACUGGUCAGCUCAGCCUACGACUACAAGGUGAUGGUCUGGGAUGUGUCAGUGUGUGACUCGGUGCUGAGGAACCCAGUAUGUGUUAUUUCUCUUCACACUGAGCUGGUUCUGUCCAUGUCCUUCAACAAUGACGGCAGCUCUCUAGCUACCACCAGCCUGGACAAGAAGAUCCGAGUCAUGGACCCACGUACUGGACGCCUCAUACAGGUGUCCAGCAGUAAACUCCACAGGGCCAAUAAGGUGGUGUUUAUAGGAGACCAGAACAUGCUGUUUUCUACUGGCAGCUCACCAUGGAACCAAAGACAGAUCACAUUAUGGGAUCAGGAUGAUCUGUCAGAGCCGCUGUCGGAGGAGGAGGUGGAUGGAGGUGCAGGAGUCCUCUUCCCAUUCUACGACCCUGAUACACACCUCCUCUACCUGGCUGGCAAGGGUGAUGGUAACAUCCGGUAUUAUGAGAUCAGUUCUGAGAAGCCCUACGGUAUUAUGAGAUCAUAUUACUCCCUACUGCCUCAGAAAGGAUUGGGGGUCAUGCCUAAGCGCGGUCUGGACGUGAGUUCCUGUGAGGUGUUCCGGUUCUACCGCUUGGUGACUGUUAAGGACCUGGUCGAACCGCUCUCCAUGAUCGUCCCUCGCAGGUCCCCAAAGACCUUCCAGGAUGACAUCUUCCCCAUGACAGCAGGCAACGAGGCGGCCCUGACGGCUCAACAGUGGCUCUCGGGGAUCAAUAGAGGCCCGGUGCUGAUGUGUCUGAAACCUGGCAGUAAGAUAGCCAACCCCUACCCUGAGACCCUACCCAGGAGGGGGCUGAGCAACUUCCAGAGUGGGGGACCAGGAGAGACAGGGUCCACGGAGCAGACCUUCCUCCAGGAGCAGCUGGCCUACCAGGACGCCAAGUACCCCAGGGAAGUGGCUGAUCUGUCGGGCUGGCAGCCAGACGAGACCCAGGCUCCGGGUUGGGCCUACACUCCCCACUGUUGUGAGCCCUCAGAGUGCCCUCCUCCCAGGACAGAGAGUGAGCUCCUUCAUGCAUUCUACAGACAACAAGAGGAGAUCAGGGGACUGAGAGACCAGCUCAACCAGAAAAAGGUCCAGAUCACACAGCUGGAACUGGAGAUCAAGAACACCAGAAAUAACAUGAGAGCCUCCUUCUGAAUGAUUCAACCAAUCACAUUAGAAGAGCCUUCUGAAUCAACCAAUCACAUGAGAGCCAUCUUCUGAAUGAUUCAACCAAUCACAUUAGAAGAGCCUUCUGAAUCAACCAAUCACAUGAGAGCCAUCUUCUGAAUGAUUCAACCAAUCACAUUAGAAGAGCCUUCUGAAUCAACCAAUCACAUGAGAGCCAUCUUCUGAAUGAUUCAACCAAUCACAUUAGAAGAGCCUUCUGAAUCAACCAAUCACAUGAGAGCCACCUUCUGAAUGAUUCAACCAAUCACAUUAGAAGAGCCUUCUGAAUCAACCAAUCACAUGAGAGCCACCUUCUGAAUGAUUCAACCAAUCACAUUAGAAGAGCCUUCUGAAUCAACCAAUCACAUGGUAGCAGUUUUGAAAUCAACCAAUCACAUGAGAGCCAUCUUCUGAUUCAACCAAUCACAUGAGCCACCUUCUGAUUCAACCAAUUUUUGUAUUUAUUAAGGUUCCCCAUUAGUUCCUACCAAGGCAGUACCUACUCUUCAUGGGGUCCAGCAAAAUUAAGGCAGUUAUAUACAAUUACAAACAGUACAAUAUAUUCACAAAACAUUUUGUGGCUUCUA